UUGGAUAACCUAUUUAGAAAAUAAUGUUUAUUUUAAAACGAAAUAAGGGAAAUCAGAAAUACUGAUAAUUAGAUCUAAAUCUAUGUCCAGAGGUGAUUUUGUUUUUGGGGGUGUACUAAUGUAAAAUAAUAACUUUUGUCAGGUAAUUCAAGCGGAUGAAAACGUUACUUCAUCUUAAAGUACAAAUUUUCAUUAAUAUACCACGGAAUCUGUUUCAAACGUCAUUAGUUAAAAAAACAAAAAUUGGUAUAAACACUAAAGUUCUCAUGAGAGUUAUCUCCCUUCUACCGUAUGCUAAAGUCCAACUCCGUGUCAAGUCAAUUACAUGUUGGUUCAAUGCCUGGGGAGAUGAAUAAGAGGGUAUAUCUGAAGUCACGACCUGGGGUGAAUGGGGAACCUACCGAAGAUAAUUUUUGUGUAGAAGACUGUGAAACACCUUCACCAGACCAGCUCCAUGACGGAGAGGCACUGGUCCAAACCCUCUACCUCUCUGUCGACCCAGCAUUUGUAUGCAUGUCAUGUACACUACAAACUUUCAAAAAACCCAUGCUGUCUCCAUCAGGAUAUAAUGGAGUGUACUGUCAUUCACAAACAAGAUGUUGUUUAAAUGAGGACUCUGGGGCGGAGUAUUUGACUCCCCUGCAGAUCGGUGACACUGUGCACUGGUUAGGUAUUGGUGUUGUCACGGCAAGCAAGGACAAGGGACUCGACCAUGGGGACUUUGUCACAUCAAACUUUGACUGGCCAUGGACAAAGGUCUUUGUCAAGGCGGCUAACCGGCUGAAAAAGCUGCCAAAAGAAAGUGUUCAAGAACGUCCAUCUCUAGCUCUCAGUGCUCUUGGUGUGACUGGUCUCACAGCUUAUCUUGGAAUCAAGGUGAAAGGUCAUGUGUCCCCGGCAGCCAAUCAGACGAUGGUUAUCAGUGCUGCAGCAGGAUCAACAGGGUCACUUGCUGGACAGAUAGCCCGGGCCGAGGGCUGCAAGUGUGUGGUGGGCAUCUGUGGCAGUGAGGAGAAGUGUGCAUAUCUCACAUCCCAGCUGGGUUUUGAUGCUGCCAUUAAUUACAAGGCAGAGGAUGUCAGUAGUAGACUGAAGGAAACGUGUCCAGAUGGAAUAGACGUGUACUUUGACAACGUUGGUGGUGACAUCAGCGACAAGGUCAUACAACAGAUGAACCAGGACUCACAUGUGAUUCUGUGUGGUCAGAUCGCAGUCUACAACAAGGAUGUCCCCUAUCCUCCUCCCAUUCCAACAUCCACUCAGCAAACUCUGGCGGAGAGGAACAUCACCAGAGAUCGCUUCCUUGUGUUGAACUAUGCAGACCAGUUUGAUGAGGCUCUGCAGACUCUCGCUGGCAUGUUGCACCAAGGCAAGCUGCAGGUUCGAGAAACUGUAAUGGAGGGUGUUGAGAAUGCAGGGAAAGCCUUCGUGUCUAUGAUGAAGGGUGGAAACAUAGGGAAACAAGUGGUGAAAGUGGCAGACAUGUGAACCGGCCAGCUUCCCCAGAAUGACAGACGUGGGAAGAGGGCAGACAUGAGAAGAGGACAGACAUGAGAAGAGGGCAAACGUGAAGGGUCAUAUGUGUGAGAGAGCCAGACAUCAGACAGGUGUGAAGGGGGUAAACAUAAGAAGAUGAUCUUUGUGUGGACUGAGGAGACGUUGACACUCUGUACAUCCCAUACAUGCAGGAUGAAGAACCACAUUCAUUAUAAUCAUCAACAUCAACAAUAAACCAUAUUUCCAUUGA